AGCAGUGCAGUAGAACGGCAGCGCAUGCAACCCACAGUGCCUGCCUCAUCGGAGGAGAGGGGGGGCUGCACAUCGCCGCCGUGUCCUCUGCUUGGCGCUCGCCAUCCCCGCUCCCGCAUCUCCUCACCUCUGCAAGCCCGUGCUCGGGCUCCCUUCUCCCACUAACGCUCACGCACAGCACCACCAACCCACCCCCCACCACCGCCCCCCCUCGACAUGGAUGUCCUGUCGUCCCUCGACCCGAAGGAUUGUCGCGCGUUGGUGCAGUGAACAAGACGAGGACCAUGCCGGGACUGCUAAUGGAUUUUGGGAGAGCGCGAGUGACCAUGCCGUGAUCUUCUACAGAAAAAGAGAAGAAGAAAAAAGAAUAAUAAUAAUAACACCGCGACGUAAAUCGGAAGGAAGGCAGCUCGAACCCACGCGCCGGCGGGAUUAAAGACCACGGUGCAUUUGGUUUUUUUUUUUGUUUUUUUUUUUUGCUUGUUUGUUUUUUUCGCAAACAACAUGAAGAUUACCUCCCGUCCGCUGAUGAUAAGCAGUGUCGUUGUCAGGUCCAAGCUCAGCCUCAUUCCGCUUCUGCUGCUCUUUCUCGGUCACUCUCGCGGGAUGCCGCACGUUCUAAGAUUCGGGGGAAUAUUUGAAUCUAUCGAGAGCGGCCCCUCGGGAGCAGAGGAACUCGCCUUCAAAUUUGCCUUGAACACAAUCAACAGGAACCGCACUUUGCUCCCGAACACUACGCUGACCUAUGACAUCCAGAGAAUAAACAUCUUUGACAGCUUUGAGGCGUCCCGCAAAGCAUGUGACCAGCUGUCCCUAGGAGUGGCCGCCAUAUUUGGGCCGUCACACAGCUCGUCGGCCAACGCGGUCCAGUCCAUCUGCAAUGCUCUGGGAGUGCCCCACGUCCAGACAAAGUGGAAGCAUCAGGUGUCGGACAACAAGGACUCGUACUAUGUCAGCCUGUACCCGGACUUCUCGUCCCUCAGCCGAGCCAUUCUGGACCUGGUGCACUUCUUCAAGUGGAGAACCGUCACUGUGGUCUAUGACGACAGCACAGGUACAGGACUCAUUCGACUGCAGGAGCUGAUCAAGGCGCCGUCACGAUAUAACAUUCGUUUGAAGAUCCGACAGCUGCCCACAGAGACCAAGGACGCCAAGCCACUUCUCAAAGAGAUGAAGAAAGCAAAAGAGUUCCACGUCAUCUUCGAUUGCGGACACGAGAUGGCUGCCUGGAUACUAAAACAGGCUCUGGCCAUGGGGAUGAUGACAGAGUACUAUCACUAUAUUUUUACCACCCUGGACCUUUUUGCCCUGGACAUGGAGCCGUACCGUUACAGUGGCGUGAACAUGACCGGCUUUCGCAUCCUCAACACCGAAAACUCUCAGGUGUCGUCCAUAAUCGAAAAGUGGUCCAUGGAGCGGCUACAAGCUCCGCCCAAACCGGACUCGGGCCUACUGGAUGGAUUCAUGACGACGGACGCGGCCCUGAUGUACGACGCCGUGCACGUGGUGGCGGUGGCGGUCCAGCAGUCGCAGCAGAUCACCGUCAGCUCCCUGCAGUGUAAUCGCCACAAGCCUUGGCGCUUCGGGGGGCGCUUCAUCGGCCUCAUCAAAGAGGCUCAUUGGGAUGGCCUGACCGGCCGCGUUCUCUUCAACAAGACCAACGGACUUAGGACGGAUUUCGACUUGGAUGUCAUCAGCCUGAAGGAGGAAGGCCUGGAAAAGAUCGGGACUUGGGAUCCUCCGAGCGGUCUGAAUAUGUCUGAGACUCACAAAAGCAAGACGUCCAACAUCACUGACUCGCUGGCUAACAAAUCUCUGCGUGUAUCCACCAUACUGGAGGAGCCGUAUGUCAUGUUUAAGAAGUCGGACAAACCUUUGUACGGGAACGACCGCUUCGAGGGUUAUUGCAUCGACCUGCUGAGGGAGCUUUCUGGCAUCUUGGGCUUCCAGUACGAAGUCCGGCUGGUUGAAGACGGCAAGUACGGCGCCCUGGAUGAGAGCACGGGCCAGUGGAACGGCAUGGUGCGCGAGCUCAUGGACCAUAAAGUCGACUUGGCGGUCGCUCCUCUUGCCAUCACCUAUGUUCGAGAGAAGGUCAUUGACUUCUCCAAGCCCUUCAUGACGCUGGGGAUAAGUAUCCUGUACCGAAAGCCCAAUGGCACCAACCCCGGGGUCUUCUCCUUCCUAAACCCUCUCUCACCUGAUAUCUGGAUGUAUAUUCUGCUGGCUUGCUUGGGUGUCAGUUGUGUGCUGUUUGUCAUAGCCAGGUUUAGCCCCUAUGAGUGGUACAACCCGCACCCAUGCAACCCAGACUCGGACAUAGUGGAAAACAAUUUUACGCUGCUCAAUAGUUUCUGGUUUGGAGUUGGGGCUCUCAUGCAGCAAGGCUCAGAGCUCAUGCCCAAGGCGCUGUCGACGCGAAUAGUGGGAGGCAUCUGGUGGUUCUUCACCCUUAUCAUCAUUUCCUCCUACACGGCCAACCUGGCCGCCUUCCUCACCGUGGAGAGGAUGGAGUCGCCCAUUGACUCCGCCGACGACCUCGCCAAGCAAACCAAGAUCCUCUACGGCGUGGUAGAGGACGGGGCCACUAUGACCUUUUUCAAGAAGACAAAGAUAUCCACCUAUGACAAGAUGUGGGAGUUCAUGAACAGCAGGAGGCAGUCAGUGAUGGUGAAAAACGUGGAGGAGGGCAUCCAGCGUGCCCUCACCUCGGAGUACGCCUUCCUCAUGGAGUCUACCACCAUCGAGUUUGUCACCCAGCGCAACUGCAACCUCACGCAGAUCGGAGGCCUCAUCGACUCCAAAGCCUAUGGAGUGGGAACACCAAUGGGCUCUCCAUACAGGGACAAAAUCACAAUUGCCAUUCUGCAGCUGCAGGAAGAGGGCAAGCUGCACAUGAUGAAGGAGAAAUGGUGGAGGGGGAACGGCUGUCCCGAGGAGGAGAGCAAAGAGGCCAGCGCUUUGGGGGUGCAGAACAUCGGAGGAAUCUUUAUCGUACUGGCCGCCGGACUGGUCCUGUCUGUCUUUGUGGCCGUGGGGGAGGUCCUAUACAAGUCCAAGCAGAACGCCCAACUGGAGAAGAGAUCCUUCUGCAGCGCCAUGAUGGACGAGCUGCGGGUGUCUCUGAAGUGCCAGCGUCGUCUCAAACAGAAGCCGCAGCCGCCGGUCAUCGUUAAGACGGAGGAAGUCAUCAACAUGCACACGUUCAACGACAGGAGACUCCCCGGGAAGGAAACAAUGGCGUGAAAAGACAAAAAUAAAAAAUAAGAACUUCCCUCUGUGUGGGGGAACGCAGUGAGUGGAGCUGGGUGACAUCAUGACUGACCUUUACCGCCGUGUAAAGUUGACGGUCUUUUUUUCUUUUCUUUUUUAUUUGUUAUGUAGAGAGAUGUUUCCUGUGGAAAUCAAGCUAGCUGAGCAGUGUCACCUCACUGUGAUGGUCAUUUUGUGAAGGCAGCUGGAGAUGAAGAGGGCUGUAUAUGCUGAGAGUGGACUAACACACACAAACACGCGCGCACACACAUAAAUAGUGACACAGGAUGUAGUUUUUCUGUUCAAGUCCGACCUCUGUGUGACCCAGCCCAUAUUUCCCUUCCCCUUAGUUUCUUUAGGAUUAUUUGGAGAAUUGGAAAAUAAAUAAUAAAUCACAUCAACAAGAGGACGAAGAGUAGACAUCGCCAAACAGUUUUACUAUGAACUGGUGUGUAUAUUUCGGAAUCAUCUUUGCCAACUCAUCGUACCGUCUUUUUCCUCGUGCCAAAGCUUUUGGUUCAAAAGCCUCAAUGUAAUACGCUUCUAAUGUCUCUCUAAGUUGUUGUUUUAAUGCAGGAUUUCUACAAAAAAUAAUAAUUAUAAUAAUAAUAAUAAUAAUAAUAAUGUUUGUUUUUGUACAAGAUCAAGACAUUUUAUAGGACUUUGUAUCAUGGUAGCCGCUCCCGAGGACACAACAUGUAGCGGACGCAAACGAAGCCCUCGCUCAGACUCCUGACGCCUGGGAGGCUUCCACACGCUGCUCUGUAGGAUUCAUCCCGCUCACUUAUGCCGCAUUCCCGCUUUCGGUCUUUUCAUUCUUUGUGUGUUUGCGUGUCUGGAGAAAAUAUGGCUAUGUAAUAAAGCUAUGCUUGAAGUCACAAAGGUGCUUAUCUUUAAAACAGACUACUACACGUAACGAGUCUUGGUUUGUUAGAAAAAUGAAACAACAACAACUAAACAAUCAAUCCAAUAGGGCUAUCGUGUUUCAAAUAAGAAAGCUGCAGUACUAUAAAAGCCACCAUAUUUGUAGUUCCCACAUACUUACAUGACUACAAAUGAUUGACAGUUUUCAACCAAUCAAGACUUACACACACGAUAAAGCGAUUUUUAGCAUUUUUCUCCUUUCCAGUCAGCAAAAUCCUGAUGGCUCUAAAAUAUUACCCAUAACGAUUAUCCUGCUAAGUGAUUUUUUUUUCCCACACCCCAAUCUGCUCAGAAAAUUAACCAACUAUCGUAAAGGGUAAACCUCAAAAACUCCGUGAUUGUGACAUGUAACGAAACGAAAUCAAUUAAGAAUCGACCUGAAGCUAACAGUUAGCCUAGCUUUUUGUUCUUGUUCUUCGUUUGUUUUUGUUUGGGUUUUUUUUGUGUGGGGGGGCAGUGUGGGUGCCAUGUGGCACUCGGCUGCCUCUCACAGGUCAGUCUUGGUACUGCACCAGUUUUCCCUGUCAUGUGUGGGGGCUCUCCCAUUUCCAAAAUCGGUUAAGAUGUUAGAAAAUGGGUAUUUGUGCACCCGUUCAGCAUAAAAGCAAGAAUCUUCGCAGACCCAAUAUAUUUGCAGGUCAGUGCUUGAGGUACAUGUUCUGUGUCAGCACUCUACCGGACAUUAUCGUAAUACAAUCUUCUUCAACCUUCCUAGAAUUAUUUAUCAAUGUCAAUGCCUAUUGAUUUUGACAUCCAACACAAGAUGACAGAGGACGCUGACGUCAAAAGUCAGAUUGGUACAUGUUCCUGCUCAGCUCUUGAACUCGGAGCGAUUAAAUCUCUUUCAGCUUAAGAAAUAUAUUGAUUUUUCAAGAGUGUUUGAUCCAAGAUGCUUGAAGGUAGCUGUCGAAAGUCGAAAGAGUGACUUUGCUUAAUAAUUAAACAUUCUCAGUUCAGGGUCGUGUUUAUCAUGCUUAGAACUGGGAAUCUACAUAAGUCUGAAAGUCACGGUAUAUGACAACAAAUGAUUUGUCCCUGUUAGAUUUAUGUUAGUGUUCGGAGUCCAUUUUCAAUCGAUUCUCGUGCAGCGCCAUUAUGACAGCUUGUAUCUGUUUUUGGUUAGCAUAUUUAGUAUACUGAGUCAUAGUUAAUUGGUUGGAUAUUUAGUAGGGCAUGGGCCUGUAUCAGAUUUUUUUUCCCUCCUCCCUUGCAUUCAGAUUUAGACCCAAAUGGCAAGUCAAAUCAAGAUGUACUUCAAGUUUUUACACUGCUGGGCAUUAUUUUAAACCAGUUUCAAACUUUCAAGCGCUAUUAUUUUAUGUAUCAAACAAAGAAUCAUAUUAAUUUUGAAAGACAGAAAAAAAAAACAGGGGCGAUCUAAGCUAUGUAUUAGUCGCUUACAAUCUAAAAGAAUCCAAAGAUAUUCAGGGAUCCUUACUCCAUGAUGGAACGAGAUCUAUUGACUUUUCAAAGCCAUUGGUUUAUCUAGUUUUGAAACAGACUGACUUUUUUCAUUGUUGCAUUGAAUGUAAUCAAAUUUUGUUCUUUUUAAAAGACCGGUCUUGUCUUUAUAGAGCAAGGAACCAUAUGUCUUACAUUGUAACAACAAUCAAAGUAAAUAAUGGAAAAUAUAUAAAUAAAUAUUAUGGAAGGUACAUCAUUAUUAAAAACAGAAUGAUAUUUUUAAAAUAAUUAGGAAAAUGUAGAUCGAUGCAGAAAUAAAAUCCAUAC